AUGCCUGGGCUGCAGAGUUCUGUGCUCGCCGGUGCCGAAGAAUUUCUUGCGGAGGUUUUCGCUUCAGAGCAUGCCGACCUCAGCCAAGAGAGCUGGGAGCUGACCUCGAGGGAAAAGAAUCUGCAAAGAGCUCUACGAAGAGCUCGAAAACCGUUCUUCCAGUGCAGGCCACAGGGGCUCCUGGUUCGUGCCGUGCAUAUGAUGUACACCCAACUGCACAGCGGAGGCGGGGUUGCCGAGAAUGAGAUUUGCAUAAAGAGUCUGCUUGCCGUCCGUGAGAGACUGCAUGGACUCCUCAGACAAGAGGUGCAACGCGUGGGCGACCCGCGCCGCGUGAUCGUUGGCGGAGCCUCGCAAGGAUGCUGCGCAGCGCUCGAUGCGGCCCUGACUUUCGAGCAGGAUUGGCUUCAUUUUGGGCUCCAGCAGUUGUCCUUCGUCAUCCCGAUUGCUCCCGUGCAUGCACUUCCAAUGGCGCUUGGCUCUGCAAAUGACAAGCAGAACUCGGCUGAAUCCGGGUGGCCUAACAAGGUGAAACGGGGAAGCUCCUCGAAUCACAAGCAAGAUUGGCGAGCUGCCCAGCACAAGCAGAAGCCACAGGCAGACAGUUGGAAUGGCCAUCCUGCAUGGAAAGCUUCCGAUGAAUUCGAUGCGUGGUCCAAAGGCGGUGGCACCAAGAGUUGGUCGAAGACUCCGAACACCCACAAGCAGAGUUAUGAAGCCGACAGCGUGGAGCAAGGGCUUCUCAUUUCUGCAGUGCAGGCACUCUACCGUGAAGAGCUUCUGCCACAGGAUGUCCUGCUGCAAUGGUGGCUGCACACCACUGACGGAGCUCUCGCAAGCUUGGAGGAGAUCCAGACAGCUGCGUUGGCGGCGCGGGGCCGCUUGCAGGUCCAGCGCUCAACGACUGGGAGGAAGGGAUUUGCAGUCCUGCUGAAGAAUCCGCCGGAGUGGUUCCACGAAUUCCCCGAGGACUUGAGCGACAAGAUUCCAGUGGAUGCAUUCGAUGAAGCUGCACAAAUGGCGUGUGAAGGUGGCUGGCCACAGGAGGGCGAGACAGCUCACGAGCGCGUCAGACUCGCGGCCUGGCUGGUCGGAAAUGCCCGCAAGAGCUCUCUUCGGCAGCUCAGCUUGGGCCGUGCCAUGGCGCUGGUGAACCUUUUGCUUAGCAGCCACAGCGUUCUUGGAAAACGUCAAGGUCGCUUGGUUCCAUACCACAUGUCGGAGGAUUUUGAGAAGCAGGAAAAUUCCAGAUGCAAUCUGCCGACGAGUCUUCGUGAGGGUGAAGUUUGUUUUCGAUUAUGGGAGGAUCUCAUCUCACAUUUGUGGAUCCUUCUGGCUGAAAAUGGUGGGGAGAUGAUGUCAGCUCGUCUCAAGGUGGAGAUGCGAUCUCGCUUUCAGCAUGAGCUAAGCGAAACUGCACUUGGUCAUGUCAGCCUCGGAUCCUUGCUGGAUGAUGAGCGCUUGGCCGAGCACUUCAGCGUGACAAAGCGCCCUCCAGCAGCAGACGUGAUUUGUCUCCGCUCAAAAUCUCGGCCGCAGUUCGACCUCAAAGAGCCUGUCGAUGUUGAGAACGCACGUCGCAACCUCUUGGCAGUCCUUCGCAACUCUGAAGACAGGACGCCAGACGACAAAGUCGCCGUGGACCGGUCGCAAAGUUGGGAGCAGGAUGGGCUGCUGCUUUCCAGCAUGUCUCCUUGGAGCAUCGUGAGCAGCGCCUUCCUCGACAGAUUGGACAAGGAGAUGCCUAGCUGGUCUUCACCAAAGAUUGCCACCGUGCCGCCAAGGGAGCAGCCCAUCUACGCCGAAGAGGAGGUGUGA